GCUCCGCGGGGAGGGGCGGGACUAAGAGGACGCGGGCUUGCUUUCCUUGCUCGCCGUGGUUGAUUUCGGCAUGGAGGAAAUUUAUGCUAAGUUUGUCUCUCAGAAAAUCAGCAAAACCCGCUGGCGACCGGUACCUCCGGGAAGUCUGCAGACCGCGGAGACUUUCGCUACGGGCUCUUGGGACAAUGAGGAAAAUUAUGUUUCACUGUGGUCUAUUGGAGAUUUGGGGAAUUUGGAUUCUGAUGGAGGGUUUGAAGGAGACUAUCAGUUAUUGUGUGAUAUCAAACACCACGGUGAUGUUAUGGAUUUACAAUUUUUUGACCAGGAAAGAAUUGUAGCUGCUUCAUCAACAGGAUGUGUAACAGUUUUCCUUCACCAUCAGAAUAACCAGACUCUGUCAGUCAGCCAGCAGUGGACAACGGCUCACUACCACACAGGUCCAGGCAGUCCUUCCUGUAGCAGUGCACCAUGCACAGGUGUUGUGUGCAGCAGCCCAGAAAUUGUCACAGUUGGAGAAGAUGGUCGAAUAAAUCUCUUCAGAGUUGAUCACAAGGAAGCUGUAAGGACUAUAGACAAUGCAGAUAGCAGUACACUCCAUGCUGUAACCUUCCUUCGAACUCCUGAGAUUCUUACAGUAAAUUCAAUUGGACAGUUAAAAAUAUGGGAUUUCAGACAACAAGGAAAUGAGCCCUCUCAGAUAUUAUCACUGACUGGUGACCGAAUGCCACUCCACUGUGUUGAUAGACAUCCUAAUCAGCAGCAUGUUGUAGCUACUGGUGGCCAGGAUGGAAUGUUGAGUAUUUGGGAUGUCAGGCAAGGUACCAUGCCUGUGUCUCUGCUGAAGGCCCAUGAAGCUGAAAUGUGGGAAGUUCACUUUCACCCAUCCAACCCAGAUCAUCUAUUUACUUGUUCUGAAGAUGGAUCCCUCUGGCAUUGGGAUGCCUCUACAGAUGUACCUGAAAAAUCAUUACUUUUUCACCAAGGAGGAAGAAAUAGUACUUUUUUGUCUCAUAGCAUUAGUAACCAGGCUAAUGUUCACCAGUCUCUUAUAAGCUCCUGGCUCAGCACUGAUCCUGCGAAAGACCGUAUUGAGAUCACAAGCUUGCUUCCCAGCAGGACUUUGUCUGUGAACAGUUUGGAUGUCUUAGGUCCUUGUCUUGUUUGUGGAACUGAUGCAGAAGCAAUUUAUGUUACUAGACAACUUUUUUCAUGAAAAUACUGUAAUUAGAAGUUUUCAGUUGCAGAAUCUGAUAGGUGACUGAUGGCAAAAGAACUGGACCAAGUGGAGGAACAUCAGAGGGACAAUUGUGUUGAUGAAUACACUGCCUUCAGACAGACUAUCCUGGACAGCUCAUGGACCUGCUUUUUAUUUUUGAUAUUGUGAAACUUAAUACUGUCAAACCACCAAUGGGUUCUAGUCCUUUUUGUCAACAGUAUAUGGCAUUAGCCAACGUUAAUGUUUAUUCUUUUUAUUGCAUGUAUUUUUUUCAAUCCUUCUACAUUUCAUUUCCUUAUGAAUUUUAAUAAACUUUUCCAGAAAGAAUUGAGUAGAACAAAAGUGACAAAUGUUUUUAAAAGUGAAAAUGUUCUGGAAAGUUCCUUUAUUAGAAUCCAUUUGGACAGAACUCUAUCAGCUGAUUAGACUCGACUUUAUUUUUCUUGAAAAAAAACACAUUUCCCUAAAGAUUUUUGCUUUUUGUUUAGUUUUACGGUGUAGUCGAAAAUGGCUAAACUGAACAUUGUGCACUUAACACCGAUAAGUGAGCCAACUUCUAAACUAAAAUUUGAUAGGUAACAUGUAUGAGACUACUAUGACAGUGUGGCCAGAGUAAAGAAUUUUGCCAUCUUUAUCCUUAUCUGAGAUGUUAAUGAUGACCUAGCAUAGGUUUUAAGACAAUUUUAUGACAUUGUCUUUCCAAAGUUUAUUAAAUGCAUUAUUGAAUUGUUAAGACUUUAAUGACAAGUCUAUUAUACAAUUGAAGUAUUUGUUCAUUUACUUUAUAAUUCUAAUAAUAGUAUUAUGGUAAAGUUUUGCUUUUCUGUCCUAAUAAAUAUUUUCAGUAUUUUUAUGCCACCUUGUGUCAGGGUGGUUUGGGGGUUUUAUUGGUCAACAUUUAAAAAUGGAAUACAUACAUGCUUUUUUAAAAUAUAUAUUUGGCUCAGAAAUGGUUCAUUAAAGAUAACUAGUAACUUUGAAUUCCAAAGGAUCAGAAAAGGAAAGAAAAUGUUUCUGAUAGGAAUUUUUAAUCUAUUUAUAGUUUUAUUGCUGGGACUAAUUUUUAAGACCUUCUGUUAUUACCAAAGUAAUUCAUUACAGAAAAAAACAAAUAUAUAGUCAAAAGAAAAUUUUAAGUACUCAUAACUUUAGUAGCCUUUCAUACCUUUUUAUCCAUCAAUGUGUAUAUAUUUUUUUUUUGUAAAAAUGAACCAUCUCAUACCUAUUAUAUUUCUAGAUGCACAUUCCCUAGCAGUAAACACAUGGAUUCAAUAAUAUAAACAUAACUAUGAAUUUUCCUUUGACUUUACAUGUCCCUUUGUAUGAAUGUCUUGCUGUAGCCUAAGCUGCAUUGUCCCUCUUCACCCAGUCCAAGCACCUCCCAUUAUCAUCAGCAGGCUAACAUCCUUGCUGUGUGGAUCUCACUUCCAGAAGGUGGAACAUUUUCCAUGUACAGUGAAUGCAAGCUUGUUGUGACUCUGCUUUCAUCUGCAUUAUCUGCUGCUGAAAAGUUUGAAGGUUUUCACAUGUUAGCACCCUUCUCAGUUUCCAGCAUCAACGUAUACAAUUUCUCUUGAUCAUUCUAGUGCGUAAUUGGUAGAGGGAAGGAGCCAGAUAUCUAGGCUUAGAAUACUAGCUUGGACUGGGAAUAGUUUUAAGUUUGAAGGUUUGCUUUAAGGUUAUUUAUAACCAUGUGUAAAAUAAAUUACAUUUGAAUAGGGUUACAUUCAGUACAUUCAAUACGAAAACCUUAUAUAGUAUAAAUAAAACUCAUAUAUAAAUUU